CCUAGCUGUACUGUGUCAAAUUCUCAGGUCUCUAUGUUUAAAAUUAUGAAAUCUGUAUGAUAAAAUGUUCAAAAAGUGUCCGGUUGAUGGUCCCCGACCAGUAAGGAUAAUCGAAAACGAAAACAAACACGGAGAAUAAGUAAUAAAACAGAAAACAUGGGAGGGUCGUAUACAAAGGAAGCGGAUUAUGUUCUGAAGAGUGACGCUGAAAGAUUAAAAAGUUGUAUGUAUAAUCAUCAAUGUAUUGUACAUAGCAUAGAAGCUAGUGUAAAAGCACAAUAUGCCUCAGCACAGUUACUAUAUCAAGAACUAGCUGAACUGCAGAACACUCAUCAACGCAAUUUUAGCGGGACGUUGGAGAAAACUGGCGUCAUUCUGAAUUCCGUGCAGACUUCAUUGAGCAAGCAAGUAGGUGCUUUAUGUGAAAGUUUUAGUAUACUUGAUAAUUGUUUACAAGAAAUCUCAACACGCUAUAGUUCUGACGACGCAGAAUCGCCGCCAGGAAACACAGAAAACAGAAACACAGGAAGUCCGAUGUCAGCGGCAUCAAACCAGGGCAGUCCUGCGCAUACAUCCAAACGAUCAAGCUCUACUGAUGGUUCAAGAUAUUUUGAUAAAGACAAAGAAAUAAACUUUAUAAGAGCGGAAAACAAAGCUAUUUCUUCAAAUAACAUUGAACUGCAAACGUUGUUAAAACAAUCGAAGGGUAAAGUAACUGAACUCGAAUUGAGAAUUAAUACCUUGCUGAAUUUUAAGGAAGAGGCACGUCGUGCUAAACAUGAGAAAUAUGAAUUGGAAAUGAAGUACACGAAAAUAGAAAAUGACAAUAAGAGUCUUAAUACUGAAAUACUAAGAUUAAAGCGCAAAACUGAUGCAAUGGAUUCCCUCCAGUCAAAGCUUGAUCGAUCGGAAAAUGACAAAAGAUUCCUAGAACGCACUAUAGAGCAACUGAGGCGACAUGUUUAUGACCUCGAGGAAGAGAAACGAAAAGUCAGGGAAAGGAAAAAGAUUGUCGAGAAUAAAAGUGCAGUUCCAGUUCAACUGUUUUACCAACGAAAAGAUGCUUUGAUGGCGUUGGUUGUAAACGAGCUAUCUAGUAUGCUUGACGCGCAGAUGGAAAAGAUGGGUAUGCACCUGGACAUUAUCAGAUGUGAAAACAUUUCAAACAUACAACCUGACAAGCCUAUCCUUGUGUUGUGUAUAAACUCUUCAAAUCUGGGGACCGAUGCUACUUCUGCAAUUGAUGGUGUUGAAAAGUCUGAACGCACGGCUUUGUUGAUCUUUCACCACAAGAACAUUCAUGCUUUACCUAACCAGCCAACUGACCGCAUGUUGACUUCAUCGGAAUUUAAGCAACUUGGUUGCAUUGUUGAUUUGGCAUUCCUAACUGGCAAAGGAAUAUAUACAUGUGACAUGAAUAAUGUAGCGUUAUCUUACAUUGAAGGCUUUCUCCAAAGGAAUUAUCAUACAAAGUAAUACCUUUGACAGUGUUGCUAUACAAAACACUCUUUUUGAGACAGCAGCUAUUGGAAACUAUUAAUUAUAUCCUUUCACAUUUUUGUACUGUAAAUUAUAAAACAUGUAAUUAUAUGCGUAAAAUGCAUGCUUCACAUUUACAACUUCUUCUUGAGUUUUUCGUGAAUUCUCUUAAUUCUCUUGAAUAAAUUAAAACAGUCGAAUUCAAUGAAGUCAAGAAAUUUAAAAGGAACGAAAUGACAUUCUGCAAAUAAUAAAAACUAUCUGAUACUAAUGAAUACCCGAUAUGAAAAUAUGCAGUUAAUAUAAAUGUAUUGUGUGUUUAUAGAUAGAAUAAUCAGCUUUAUGCAUUUAGAGGAAACAAAGGUAGCGUUAUGGUAAACACGGUUAGCGCAUUCUGAAGUUAAAAUAUUUAUAAUUUCAAAUAUUACCAUUCUUAAGUAUUGAGAACUGAUUACCGCUCGUCAUCAUUUUACAUAUAAUUUUGCUAUUUUUAAUGCUUCCGAGGGAUCAGGGUUUCCAGAUAUCAUCUUAAUCAACAAUGUUAAUUAAUUUAUCUAUUAUUAAAAAUUAUUGUUAUAGAUAAAUUCAUUAUGAAAAUCAAGAUUUUGGACAAGUUUCAAUCGUAUACACAUUGUAAUUAAAUAUAUACUGUAAUAAUUGGCUUUUUGAAUGUUAUAUUUUUUUUACUCAUCCAUUAUUUAAUUACAAGAAACUGAUACUAUAUAGCGUUUAACAGUGAUAUGGACUGCUGAAAUAGUUGAUAACAUUAUGCAUUCAAUAUCCUAAUGUUCUUGCAAAGCGUAUUUUAUGUUUAAUUUACAGAACUAAGUUGCUAAUGUAGAAUUAUAUUCAAUUAUCAACCCGUUUGCAGUUAUUAAGAGAAACGUCAAAGAUAAAUGUCAGGUUUACACUAU